GACGACUACAGCGGUGCAGCACUCCGUCUGGAUGACCUUCAGUGGCCCUGCGAUAUGUUGCGGUGGACACUGAUGGACAGUCUGUGUACUGGUGCAGUUGAGGCAGCUCACGUGACAACACCAGUGGAAAGUACAGUGGCAUCUCUCUGUGACCUGCUCCGUUCGAGUCUUGUAUCCCCUGCCACAACACAGCAGCUCGCACCCAUCCAGCGCCGGCGAGGAACUGUUGCAGGUUGGUCAAAUACCGUAGAUCUCUGCCCUUCUCACUGGAAUCCACAAACUCUCGUCCGAACAUCCUGCCAAAUUCCACAUUAUCGCUGCAGCCUCCCCAGUGCCAGUCUGGCCCUCCAGGACCCCGGCGCCGGUAGUCGCAGGUGCAGGACUCAAUGGCUCCCUCAGAGCAGGACCGAGCCACAGCGGUACUGGGCAAUGACAUCCUCGGCCUGAAGGUGGCAGGAGAGCCAGUGCUUACCCCCAACGCAGUGUGUUUACGACUGGCUGGCCUGACCAAAAAACAGAUGCGUCUGUGUGUGCGCAGCCCUGAUGUCACAGCCUCUGCUCUGCAGGGCAUUCAGGUUGCUAUUCACGAAUGCCAACACCAGCUCAGAGACCAGCGCUGGAACUGCUCCUCCUUGGAGAACCAUGGCAAGUUGCCCCAUCAGAGUGCCAUUCUCAACAGGGGUUUCCGAGAGAGCGCCUUCUCGCUUUCGCUGCUGGCUGCAGGUGUCAUGCACUCGGUGGCUUCGGCCUGCAGCCUCGGUAAGUUGCGCGGGUGUGGUUGCGAGGCUAAACGUCACCUGGACGAUGACAAAAUCCGUCUCAAGUUAACCCAGCUCCAACUUCAGACUUUUCAGAAGAGUGGAGUGUCCAUAGCAGGUGCAGGAGAGAACACACCCGAGUUCGGUUCACUCCACGACAGUCUGCCGGCCAACCUGCGCUCGUCCCACCCCGUCAGUCUCCUCAAACCCUUACCAGAUGAGGUCACAACGUUACAGGAUACCUGGGAGUGGGGAGGCUGUAGUCACGAUGUUCGUGUUGGCGUACGGUUCUCUAGGGAUUGGUUGGAUUCCAGAGGAUCUCCUCGUGAUAUACACGCUCGAAUGCGGAUUCAUAAUAAUAGAGUGGGCAGACAGGUAGUUACUGACAACAUGAGAAGAAAGUGCAAGUGCCAUGGCACAUCAGGCAGCUGCCAGUUCAAGACCUGCUGGUAUGUUUCUCCUGAAUUCCGGCUGGUGGGGUCACUGCUACGGGAGAAAUUUAUGACUGCCAUCUUCAUAAACUCUCAGAACAAGAACAACGGGGUAUUCAACUCUCGAACUGGUGUGAGCACCGGCUCAGAUCAGCUCAGAGGCCGGCGACGCAGCAUCUCGCGCGAGUUAGUGUUCUUCGAGAAGUCCCCUGACUUCUGCGACCACGAGCCCGAGGUGGAUUCGCUGGGGACGCAGGGUCGCGUCUGCAACAAGAGCAGCUCGAGCAUGGACGGCUGCGGGUCGCUGUGCUGCGGCCGCGGACACAACAUCCUCAAACAGGCACGCAGUGAGCGGUGUCACUGCCGCUUCCACUGGUGCUGCUACGUGCUCUGUGAGGAGUGCAGAGUUUCGGAGUGGGUUAAUGUGUGCAAGUGAAUGACUCACCUUGGUCCAUAUCUCCAUUUCCUUGUUUUUGGACCGGGAGGCAACAACCUGUACCCUGCCAUACCGAAUGUGUGUCUGUUUAUCCAUUUCUCUCCUUCUUUUAACCUCCAUCAUCUGGGAUCCAUUUGCGUUGUGUUGCUGUUGUUAUUCUCAAAAUGCCAAGUCAGAGAUUGAGGAGGAGGUGACUCAUGUCAUUUAUCUUUUUUUUCCUCACUUGGAAUCUUCAGCCUCCAGACCCAUGCAAAAGGCCCAAACGCCAUCUGCACUUCUCCAAAUAACAAGGCACAACAGCAGGAACAAAUUAUUCCUGCAAAUAUAGGCACUGCUACGAUCUACCUUUUUUUUUUUUUUACUCAAAAGUGCACUUAAUGUAUAUUCCUUACUUUGGCAAAAUGUUUGAGAAGUUUAUGUUGUAAUCAUUUACGAUGGUGAAAAAAACGUCUGAGUUGGGUUGAGGUUUCAAAACACUGUAUCUUGCAGCGUUAUGAUCUUUGCCCACGUUAAUCAUGAAGAAUCAAUGGCUAUGGUAAUUCAAUGGAACAUUUCAGUGCCAUUUCAUAAGAUGUUAUAGAGAAACUUUCCCAAGUCUGGAGCAAAUCUUGGAAAUCGACAGAGAAUGUGCCUUUGCGUAGGGGUCUGAGUUUGGUUGGUUUUUAUGAAAACCAGGACAAUUGUGAAGUUGAUAUGCUGUGUAACCCCAUCCUAACCUUUAUAGAGACAGACCAAUCAGAAAACGGAGAUGGAUAGAGUGAAGGAACGACUGGAGAACACUUGUGCCUCCCGUGGAUUUUUUGCAGCUGAUUAAAAACAGUCACAUCUCAUCUCAUACUGCUGAACAAUAUUGGAUGCCAGAUGCCUUUGAUGCAAGAAUGGAAGUCCAUACUCUAAAGUCCUGUGUAUUUAAAGCUACACUGUGUGAUUUUUACCCCCAUCUUGCUGUGAAAAGCUAUAUGACCAUCCAGUGA